ACAGUCUUCACUCAAACAUGCACAGACGAGAGCCAUUGCGCAGACGGCUGGCGUGCACCAACUGUCGAACAGUCAAGUCUCGCUGCGUUCCUGUCCCCGACUCAGGCACAUCCUGUCAAAGAUGCGUUGAAAACGGUCUGACCUGCCAGUAUCCGGCGCGACGACGCCGAGGCGAAAUCUCGCCUCGAGGCUCGGCGCGACAAGAGCCCAAAGAUCCGCCGUCGCAACCAGCAGAGCGUGUUGUGGCUUAUCCACCGGAUCGACUUCGUGCGAGAACUUCGGGACCGAGUCAGUGGCAGAGUCCAACGACAUCGCUUCGCGAGUGGGCUCGGGUGUCAGAUACCCAACAGAGUCCUGCUCGAUCCAAUGUGACGGCAAGCGGGAUCAACCGCCAUGUCGAUGUGGACAUGUCCGGCCAGCUAGACCCAUUCCACGCGAAGGCCGGAAAGACCACUGGACAACGCGUAGAGCAGCAUACGGCGACCUUGUCGGACUAUCAAGAUCCUGUCGCGUGCCAUCUCCUCAGUGCAGUCGAAGCGGGCGUCUUGUUCAUCUCUUUCAUGGAGCGACUCAAUCCUAUGGUGGGGCUCCUGGACCCGGCAAUCCACGAUUUCUCGUCUAUGCGGAGGUCGUCACUGCUCUUCACCACCAUCAUGGCAGCUGCAGCUAAAUUCUUUCGCAAGGAGCUAUACGACGCUCUCAUCAGCCACUGCCAGACGCUCUUGCUUCGGUCAAUCUUUGCAGGUCAUUGCUCCAUCGAUCUGGUCCAAUCACUCAUCCUCUUGGUGUUCUGGAAGACACCAGUGGACAAGUCAGCAUGGGUCAAUAUCGGCAUCGCAGUGAGGCUGUCUCAUCAGCUCGGUCUACAUAUUCCUAGACAGGAGCCGCUACCAGCGGACCCCGAGGAGGCGGCACUGGUACGAGACAGGGAGAGGACGUGGUUCUGCUUGUCUUGCAUGGACGGAACCUAUUCUGACAUUUUUGGACUCCCCCAUACGAUAUCUGAGGAUCAGUUCAUGAAUGCCGCCGUUUGGGUUCAAGAAGCCACGGAUAGUUCUCGGUCCAUCGACCUGCACUUGGCAAGCUCGAUAGAGCUUGCUGGGAGCCACCUCAUGCUUGUCAAAAUCAAACGAGAGGCGCAUCUCAUCAAUCGUGAUCUCAAAAAACCCAUACUACUGCAGAUACGAAAGGACUAUUCUGAGCACAUUGAAAAGUGGUUUGAGAAGGAAUCGGCGAUGAGCUCCACGGAACGGGCCUUUCUCAAAUGGUACGAUAUCCGAGCCUUGAUAGAUGUCUACUUUUUGCUGCUCGACGGGUCCUUGUCAAGCGAAGACGCCGCACGCAGACAGGAGAUUGUCGAUCUGGUGCACCGGCUAGCCGAACAGACAAGUGUCUUGGGUGAUUCGGAAGACCUGGUUUUCCUGCAGGACACUGCAGCUGUCCAGCUCUCUACACUCGGUUCACUCUUGCUCGACUCAUUCUCCUCCUUCCUCCCCCACCAAAAGGCCUCCAUCUUUCGAGAUCUAUCCAUGAUACAGCAAUGCUGUGCGAUGGACCGGACCGGUGACCAAACCUUGCCCGUGGCAUUUGUCGCGCGUUUCCUCGGCAAGGUCACGGCGCAAUUGUCCGGAAGCCUUACGUUGGAUAUUCCUUCGGAAGCAGAGUCGGGGCUGGGCGUUUUAGAGUUCAUCGAUCCCGCAGGACCGGAGAUGGACAUUGUGCCGUCCGAUUUCGACGACGUGCUGCCAGACCCAGAUGGGCAGUAUUGGUCCUCGUUAUUUGUGUCCCCAACUGUUGUUCUUGGCCCUCGUUAAUUCGGUCUAAUUAUAGCCCGAAUUGACGCAUGUAAUCUGCCUGAAAUUAAGC